UACGGGGUGGAAGCGUGGUGGUCAGGUGCUCCGUGCAGACAUUGCUUGCUGCUGAGUGGCUGGGGGUUCGAGGGUGCCCCUCACUUCUGCCACCUGCCGGUUCUUGCCCAGGGACUGCCGAAGGGAACCCACUCUAGAUCCUCCCUUCCAUUGUCCGAAACCGGUGGGCACUGACCAGAUCGCUGCGAAGAUUAUCUUAUGCUGAGCUGAUCAAGUACUUUGAAAAUGACUUCAAAAUUCAUCUGGGUGGCCUUCAUACUUGCUACAUUAACACUUUCAAUUACAUUUUCUCUCCAACCAGACCAGCAAAAGGUUCUCCUAGUUUCAUUUGAUGGAUUCCGUUGGGAUUACUUAUAUAGAGUUCCAACACCUCAUUUUCAUUACGUUAUGAAAUAUGGUGUUCAUGUGAAGCAGGUUACUAAUAUUUUUAUUACGAAGACCUAUCCUAACCACUAUACUUUGGUAACUGGCCUCUUUGCAGAGAAUCAUGGGAUUGUUGCAAAUGACAUGUUUGAUUCUAUUCUGAACAAAUCUUUCUCCUUGGAUACCAUGAAUAUUUAUGAUUCUGAGUUUUGGGAAGAAGCAACGCCAAUAUGGAUCACAAAUCAGAGGGCCGGACACACUAGUGGUGCAGCCAUGUGGCCUGGAACAGAUGUAAAAAUACAUCAGAUCUUUCCUACUCACUACAUGCUUUACAAUGAGUCUGUUUCAUUUGAAGAUAGAGUUGCCAAAAUUAUUGAAUGGUUUACGUCAAAAGAACCCAUCAAUCUCGGUCUUCUCUAUUGGGAAGACCCUGAUGACAUGGGCCACACUUUGGGGCCUGACAGCCCACUCAUGGGCCCUGUCAUUUCAGACAUUGACAACAAGUUAGGGUAUCUCAUACAAAUGCUGAAAAAGGCGAAGCUGUGGAACACUCUAAACCUGAUCAUCACGAGUGAUCACGGGAUGACCCAGUGUUCUGAGGAAAGGGUGAUAGAACUUGACCAGUACCUGGAUAAAGACCACUAUGUCCUGAUUGACCAGUCACCAGUAGCAGCCAUUUUGCCAAAGGAAGGAAAAUUUGAUGACGUCUAUGAGGCACUAGCUCAUGCUCAUCCUAAUAUGACUGUUUACAAAAAAGAAGAGAUUCCAGAAAGAUGGCAUUACAAAUACAACGGUCGCAUUCAGCCAAUUAUAGCAGUGGCUGACAAAGGAUGGUAUAUUUUACAGAAUAAGUCAGAUGAUUUUAUGUUGGGCAACCAUGGUUAUGAUAAUAUGUUAGCAGAAAUGCAUCCGAUAUUUUUAGCCCACGGACCUGCCUUCAGAAAGAAUUUCACAAGAGAAGCCAUGAACUCCACAGAUCUGUACCCACUGCUCUGCCACCUUCUCAGCAUCCCUGCCAUGCCACAUAACGGGUCACUCGGGAAUGUCCAGGACCUGCUCAGUUCGGCAGCUCCGAGAGCACUUCCUUACACGCAGAGUACCACACUCCUCCACGGUAGUGUCAAACCAGGAGAAUAUGAGCAAGAAGAGUCAUAUGCAUAUUUCAUAGGGGUCUCUCUCGGUAGCGUUAUAGUUAUUGUGUUUUUUAUAAUUUUUGUUAAACAUUUAAUUCGAAGUCAGAUGCCUGCCUUACCAGAUAUGCAGGCUGAAAUAGUUCAACCAUUAUUACAAGCUUAAUGCUGCUUAGGAGUGGAGGUCACAUAAUUCUGUCAGUGUUUAAAGGUUUCGAAUUCUAGGAAACCACCUUCAGACCUUUGCACAGACCAUUAAGCAGUUAUAUACAUACGCAGGCACAGCCUUUUCUUCAUACACAUGCACACACAGAUGGACCAAAACACACAUAUCUGCAAAGCAUUAAAAAGGCGGAAGUAUGUUUCCAUUGUCCUGUCUGGCUUAUAGAGAGAUAAGAUCCUGCUUUAUUUUGACUUGGCACAUACAAUGUAUAUAUUUAGCAACUUUGCACUAUUUGAAAUACCUUAUAUAUUGCACUUUAAAUUACUCUCCUAGUGGGUACUUUUAUGUAAAAUGCACUUUAUUGACAAUUAUGUCUUAUGAUCUGGUUGAAAAAGACGUUUUAUGCCCAUGUCACAAUACUUGUUUAUCGUUCAAACUGAAUGAAAUUUCUAAUAAUUCCUGAACAAUACAGAAAUUUACUUAACUUGGGAGAGCUAGAACAAAGUGAAAACUGUUGAAAGUUAAAUGGGAUGACCUUUGUGCAUUGGAUUUUGGAGAGCAGCAGUCCUAACAACAGGCUGUGUCUGGGCAUUCCUUGUCAUAUUUUUUUCCAAGGGACUGGGGUUUUCAUUUUAUUUUCUGAAAAAUACUGGCAGAUUCAGUCUAAACAGAUUCUUUCUGUCAUAAAUUUCAUUAUUGCUAUUUCCUGAUUGGUCAUUUUACUCUUAACUUUUUAACACCAUGAAUAUCCAUUUCUUACCUCUGUAGUCCAACACUGGCUUGAAUAUUGGCAAUCGUGUAUCAUCUCAGCAAUGUUUUCUCUUGUUCUGCAAUUAUUCUUUUGAAAACUAAAUCAUUAUUAAUUCCAUUAAAAAUCAAAUUAGAUAAAAACAGUGUUUCAUUUCUGGUAACACGCAGUAACAGAGCGCAGGCAUCUUUUAGAUGUGAAUAUUUGAGGAUCCAGAAUUAGCAUAAACUCUUAGAUAAAAUGUAGGCCACUGAGUCCUUGAUGAGGUGUGUGGAGCCUGGGGAAAAAAUGAGGCAGGACCAUCGCUGUCCACAGUGCAGUGCUAAAGCUGCCUGAUGGCAAAAACUAGCAAAAUAACACUUAGAAGUAACGGGUGUUGAAACAAGAGGAGGCUGGAUUCUUGCCUUGUUUCAUGAAACAUUUGAGUGUUUGCCUUUCUUCAGGUGCUCAGUGGAAUCAAAGAUGAAUCCAAGUUCACAAACAGACUUUGCUUUCUGGUUAGCUUUUCACCUGCCUGGUCAUCUUGGCUCCUCUCAUUCCAACCACCUGGAGCUGUGCUUUGUCUCUGUUAAGUAGCUGGGCUGGAGAGAGGGCCGUGUUGCCCGUGGUUUCUCAGAGGAAAGAGGAAUCUCUGUGAAGGAAAGCUUUUCUUGAAGAACAUAGAAACCAAUAGAAACACAUGGCCCAUAGAAGAUACUGUAAUUUUAUGUAUAAAUACGUACCAACUGGACAGUUAGGAAAAAUGGGAAAUGUAUUUCAGAAAGAAAGGAUAAAUUAGAUGUAAAGAAUGAAUGUGGCAUUGUUAAAAAUACAAUUGAAUUUAAGUGAUCCUAAAAUGAGGUGGGUGAAUUAUUUUUAAAAUGAUGCCAAUAUAAAAAAUGUUAGCACCUAACUCUCAUUUUAUUAUACAACCUCUUAAUAGGAUAGAAUGGAAUCACUGGAAGUGUACUACGGAUUAAAAGACUAAGAAGUUAGAUGGCAGGUAGCAAACUCAAGAAGUCUGAACUCUGGAUUAGACAUUCUAGAAAUGGGACCAGUCACUUUGGCUUGCUUUGUAGCUGUGAACUUGCCUGCAUUGUUGAGAUGCCAAUAUAAUGACUGAAAGGAAAUUGGUCUAUUCAUUACUAUUUAAGUGCUCUCUGGACAUUUAAUCAAAUUGUUUCAUUAAAUUCUUUUUAGAAGGUGCUAUUACCUUAAUAGUAAGAACAAAGUAAAUUCUGUAACUGAUGAAAUCAUUAAAAUUCUGAUACAAACAU